ACGCUUGAAGAGCUUGAUGACAAAGAAGAAGAAGAGGAACCAGGUUCAAAGUCAGAAUGUGGUUUCAAAGCUGCUGCCUAUCGACGCUUCUUGGUGUCUGCGGACAAGUUCGUUGAUGUCACCUGGUUUUGGUCCUUUUUGUUCCCAUGGGCGUUCACCUUGCCAGAAGCCGCGUCUCCAAGCUUGGGGCAUAGGUUGGUCUUCUUCAUCGCGAUCGCGAACCUCUACGUGCCAGUGUCGAAGCAAGUCUCCAUGCGAGUCGCUGAAUACAUUGUUCCUGAUACGAAGUCCAUUGGGGGCAUUUUGAACUAG